AUGGAUGACUCCGAAACCAUGUCCGAGUUUGAGCUGUGGCAAGGCGUGGGCGCGUGUGUAAUUGCCGCUGUUGGUUUUGGGACACUGCACGUUCCAAUUAGGCGAUAUCCGACAGGAGAUGGUAAGAUUUUUUUUGAAGAAUUUCGGAGAAAGCGCGCUGGCCACGCAAAACUCAGAUCUGUGAAGAAUUUGGGAAAGAUUAAGACCAAGACUUUCACUGUAGCGCAUGCUGGACUUCUAGCCUUCAAACUGCAGAAAUUACCGCCAGUUGUAGGAUGAAAAAUGCCAGAACUGCGCUUUCUUUUGCCAUCCUUUUGUAUUUUCCUUAGUGUCUUGCUUAUAUUCAAGAUCUGUCUUGAUUUGUAAUUCGAGAACUUGAAGAUCUACAGUUUGAUCUUUUCAUGCACUAGCUAGCCGCUACAUCACAUUUUAAAAAUUAUUUUUUGCACCUCAAACUUGUAGCGUGCUUGUUACCCAAGAACUAAAUUUUUUCAGGUUUCUUUGUGCAAUGGGCGAUGAGCGUCGGGAUAUUGUUAACCGGAUUCAUUGUUAAUAUUAUCGAGGGUUUCCCAUCCUUUCAGCCGUUGGCUGUGAUUGGCGGGAUCGUUUGGACGGUGGCAAAUACGGUCUCACAAAAAGUCAUCAGUGGACUUGGGCUGGCGGUGGCCUUACUACUAUGGAACACGACAAAUUGCAUAACAGGCUGGGCGACGGGACGUUUUGGAUUGUUCGGAGUGAAAGCAAGGGCACCCGCUAGCGAUGCCCUUAAUCUUGCCGGAUUGGGAUUUGUACUCUUGGGGUAAGCAGUCCGAUUAACAUACAAAUUGUUUGACUUCAUUCAUUGUUGUUAGGUCAGUUUAAUUCCGACCGUUUUUGUUAUGCGGGAUUAGUCGGCCUGACCUGCAGGGCUUAUUGAGCCAAUAACUUGGGAAAAACUUAUCAAAAAUUUGAAAAACGCUUCAGUUUCUCGUUGCAGAGGAUUUGUGAUCGCAUUCGUCCGGAAAACCCCUCGAAUAACGGACCCGUUAAGCGGCCACUCCAGCUACGUCGCUCCCGUUCCCUCCGAUUACUCACCGACACCCGGGUUUUAUCAUCACGGACACGACGGGAUUGAGCCAUACCCUCAAACACACCACAGAUUUCAUCGAAAAUCGAAAUCUCUUCCAUUGAUCCUCCAGCCUGAUCACUCGAAAUGCGACGACAGCGGAAAAAAAUUGAACGCAAACCGCAUUCUGUGCAUAAUUUUGGCGCUGAUCUCUGGUCUCUUCUAUGGAGCCACUUUAUUACCCAUAUUUUACAUUCAAAAUCAUCAUGAUGACUUUCCGUACGCACCGACCGCGGGUUUACCGUUUGUUUUUUCGACGUACUUUGGUGUCUUUAUUGGUUCCAGCAGCAUUUUCGUUGGAUAUGCGUUAUUGCGGUAGGUCGACAAGACAGUUGUUUAAAGCGCAACGCCGAGAUGUUAAAAACAAGACUAAAAUUUGGCAAUAUUAGCACUAGAAAUUGAGCCUGGUGCAAUCCAGGAAUUUGCUGAAUGUAAUGGAAGCGAAACCUUUGAAAACCCAUAUGCAACUUAUACCGAUGAAAACAUAGAGAAUUUUUAAGAACGCCUAAUUGACCGCAAAUCACGCUAGGUUGAAACAUAUUAUAGACGAGUUCUUUUCACGACUCAUCCUUUCUUUUACUUCUCACACCUUUCAGGAAGAACAAUCCAAUUGUCAAUCCAAAAAUAGUGUUGCCGUCGAUGGUCGGCGGUGUGAUAUGGGGAGUCUCGAUGGCGGGAAUGAUCUUAUCCAACGAUCGUCUGGGACAGACCAUAACGUACCCGAUUACUACAACUGUUCCCGGCUGCGUUGCAGCCCUGUGGAGCGUAUUUUAUUUCAAAGAAAUCACAGUGAGUGCAAUCAGACGAGCCUAUAUGUAUAUGUAUAUAAAGGUGGUCAUAUAAGUAUUUAAAAAUUUUGUUUCCCAAAUCGCGAUUUUCGGUGCACAAAAAAGUGGACGCCCAAAUCGAAAAAUUGGCGUCGACUUAAUUUUUUCUCGGUGCCGAAUUCUGAAAUCCGGUUCAUUUUUUAAGUUUUUCGAAAUCAGUGCACAAUGUCUUAACUCUGCACCGUAGGCUUAAGUGCUUAAAUCAGCAGUCCACUAUUUUGUGCACCGAAAAUCGCGAUUUGGGGAAAAAUUUUUUUUAAUAUUUAUAUGACCGAUUUUGUAUACAACACAAAAAGCAUUUGCAGUAAUUUAUGCAGAAAAUUUAUUUCAGACAAAGCGAAACUACCUUUAUUUGUGCGUUGCAUUUGCUCUCAUAUGUGUUGGGACAUUGUUGGUGGUUUUGUCGAAACUCAAUUUAUAA